UACUCUUUGAGUCGAAACCGAACGAUCAAGGGAAGACACUCUUAUUACCUUGGUGAGGUGCAGUAAGAAAUCCAUUUCAAACAAUAAAGAAAAAUAGAAUCGACAUGGGGAAAGUUAUUUCGAAAGCUACGCGACCUAUACGGAAUUUUAAUAUAGAGAACCGUGUUCAAAAAGUGAUACAAACAGAGAAACCACGUCCAGCACCUCGACACCCGACAACAGUGGCAGCUUACGAAAGUCAUGCAAAGGAUCACCCAGAGUUCUUCCAUGAACACAAUACAAAAAACUUGAAACUAGAUGAGAACCUGAGGAAGAUUCAUGUAAACUCAAUUGGAGACAACCCAGAGAUUGAAGCUAAAUCAAGCCGUCAUAUGCCUGAAGACCGUAGCAAAGCAAUUUCGUGGGAAUAUGGUAUUCCAGAACCUGAUGUCAUCCGGGAAGGUUGCAUCACCUUACGGCAAGCUCUGGCAUUCAUUUCACAGCACCAUUUGAACCCCAAAGAAUUUUCUGCUGAAAGCAUAGCCAGAGAACAUAAGCUAAAUCUAACAGAUGUUGAAAAUGUCCUGAAGUAUUUUCAGGCCUUGCACAUGCAUAUUCCUAAAGCCAUGUUGGAAAAGAAUCCAAAACUGCUGAGUGCAGCACAAGGACUGGAGAGCCAGCCUAGUCUGGCCCACGAAGACAUGAUGAAACUUGGUGACAGCAGCAGCAUACGAAGCACACCUAGUGCUGGGACUUCCUAGGAUUAUUUCAGUGCAGUUUUAUUUCAGUGAAACUCUUCAGUUGUCAGCAACAGCAAAAAAAGGGCUUACAAUUACUUUGAUAAGACGACUUUUAUUGUGUCAAAAUGUGCACUGACAAAAAUACAUACAUACCAACAGUAGCUGUGUCAUGUUUUACUUGCUACUCCGUUCAGGGAGAGAAUAAAGCUGUUUCUGUGUCUGUAAGUUUUAACAAGAGCUUUCAAAGUCUGGGGCAAAGCUAGCUUGCCAUCUUGGAUAAUUUUUGCUAGAAUGGUCGAUGAUACAACGACAUAUAAUGUAGACUGCACAUUUGUGCACCGCUAGUUUUGCCUGACCUGGAUAAUCUUUGUCAGGUUUCCAAACCAGGCACGGAAAGAGGUGGACAGACCUUUGAUGAAU